AUGAACAACCGAUACAACACAUCCUCUUUUUUACAGAUUAAUGUCUUUAAUCUCUCCUCUGAGAGUGUUUUGCCUGCAUUUCUUUUUGCAACUCUGAGUUACAUGAUCAUACUUUUUUGCAACCUUACUCUAAUCCUCACCAUUGUGCUGAAUAAAUCUCUGCAUCAGCCAAUGUACCUAAUUCUGCUGAACCUUCCUAUGUAUGACCUUAUAGGUUCAUCAGCUCUCUUUCCACAGCUCAUCAAAGAAAUACUGAAGAACAGUGGGAUAAUGCAAUACUCAGCUUGCGUUGCUCAAGCUUUCUUUAUCCAUAUCUAUGCAGCAGGCACUGUGUUCAAUCUGAGUGCAAUGGCAUAUGAUAGAUACAUUGCCAUAUGUUACCCACUGCAGUACAGUACUGUGAUGACUAAUGCCCAUAUCAUGAGAAUAAUCACCAUUGUAUGGAUGAGUUGUUUAGUUUUAAUUGCUGUGCUUUUUUUCUUACUUUUGCGCUUGCCUCGUUGUCGAUCUGAAAUGACUCACGUUUACUGUGAUAAUCCAUCUCUGUUGACUUUGGUCUGUGCUGACACAACUAUUAACAAUAUCUAUGGCCUUUUUAUAGUUGCUCUUUCACAAUUAGUGGCUAAUGGAAUUGUUUUCUACACAUAUCUCCGCAUCCUCAUAACUUGCUUUAGAUCUAAACGAUCAGAUACAAAAGCCAAAGCUCUGCAGACAUGUGCUACACAUCUAAUUGUUUUUCUCUUGUUGGAGUGUCUUGGUCUUUUCACCAUCAUAUCAUAUAGACUAAAUAAUGUUUCACCCCAUUUCAGAAGAUUUAUGGGUUUGUCAACUUUAAUUUUUCCCCCAACACUGAAUCCAAUCAUCUAUGGUUUGAAAACAAAGGAAAUUCGAGAAAAGGUGUUGAACUUUUUAAAGAAUAGGAUGUUUUCAUCUUAA